AAAGGGAUCUUCUUAGUCUUUCACACACUGACUCUGAAAUUACUUAUUUUCUGAAGGGAUUGCUUUAAUCUAUGACAAAAAAAGAUCCAAAAUGAGACUGAGCUCCUCUUUUUGUGUACUUUUUUUCUGUGGAUGUUUCAGUCCUCACCUGGCGAAACAGACUCGACUCAAGAAGAACAUUGUCAAUGACAGACCUGUGAUUGGUAUUUUGACUCAGAUAGUUUCAGAUGCAGCGAUGAAACCAUACGGGAGCACCUACAUACCCGCUUCCUAUGUCAAGUACAUUGAGUCUGCAGGAAGCAGAGUCAUGCCCAUCAAAUUGACUCUUACUACUGCAGAGUAUGAAAACAUAUUCAGGAGGAUAAAUGGCCUCCUCCUCAUCGGUGGCGCCUCUAAUUUGGAAACAUCUGACUUUGCAAGGGUUUCAAAGAUAUUUUAUCAGCUUGCUCUGAAGGCCAAUGACGCUGGAGACUUCUUCCCAAUUUGGGGGACAUGCUUGGGAAUGCAGUUGCUCACUGUCUUGGUAGCCGGGCAAAAUCUUUUGACCAAAGCUACAGCUGAAAACGUGGCCCUACCUCUCAACUUGACACCAGCAGCCUAUACCAGCAGGAUGUUUGAGGGCUUCCCUAAGGAGCUGAUGGAGGCUCUGCAAAGAGAACCUCUCACUGGUCAUUUUCACCACUAUGGACUCACAGUGAAGGCAUUCAAGAACAACGAGAAACUGCAAGGAUUCUUCACUAUAAUAUCUACAAACACUGGUGAAAGUGGAGUUGACUUUGUCUCAACCUUUGAAGGCAAGCAAUACCCUUUCUAUGGAGUGCAGUGGCACCCGGAGGUGAAUCGUUUUCAGUGGGACAGUAAACUGAACUUUCCUCACUCGCCUCACGCAGUCCAGCUGUCGUCACUUGUGGCAGGGUUUUUCGUCAAUGAAGGGAGGAGAAGUUUGCAUGACUUCGAUGACUCUAAAGAGGCACUGAUUUACUGCUACACGCCCGUAUUUGCUGGAAACUUCAGUGGAUAUGAGCAAAUCUAUUUUUUCUAAAACAUCGUCCUGGAACUGUUGUGGCAAUGACAUUUCACAACGCAGGCGAGUCACACAGGGUCACCAAAAUAUGUAUUUUUCCUAUUCAGAAACCUUUUUUUUUUAAUGAUUGUACUGUUUUGGUUUUAUUUGACACAAUGUGCUCCAUUAUUUGAAAUACUCUGUUCUCUGUUUUAAGACCUUAGAAGGUGUUUUUGCAUGUAUAAAAUAGGGUUGUAUGGUAUAUCGAUAUUAGUAUAGUACGGCCUCUAAAAAGUCAACCACCCCCCGCCCCACCGUCAUCGUCACGUCGUGUUGGUUUACGAGCAGAGGAGCGUGUUCGGCAGCGCACAAUCACGGAGUACUUACAAGCAGACACAGUGUGUAGACAGAAAAGGGAGAACGGACACCUUUUGGCUUAAAAACUAACGAUAAAGGUGAAGCUAUAACACUGAAACACCCUCAUGAAGAGGUGCUUUAAGUCAUUGCUAGCUAGCUAGCAGCUAAAGUCCAUCCGCAGUCUGCAGUGUUGUAGCUACUUCUAAAUCACUAAUACUCUUCUCCAUGGCGACAAAUAAAGUAUGUUUUUUUACAAGUAUCAUCCCUGCAGGACGAGGAAUAGCUAAAACAUGCUGCACUACACACACCGUAGCUCACCGGCGUCAAAAUGUAAACACAUGCCAUUGGUGGAUCUACACCUAACAUCCACUGUAAUGAUACAAAGUACAAGAGCGUAUCUAGUCGAUACUACUAUGAUUACAUCGCUAUUUUUUAGCAUCACAAAAUCUUCUUUCGUUGAAAACAUUUUUUAUAUUACAUUUAUAAACUCCGUAAAUACAUCCCUGUACACAUGAGGAUUUUAAAUAUGACCAAUGUAUGAUCCUGUAAUGACUUGGUAUCGGAUUGAUACCCAAAUGUGUGGUAUCAUUCAAAACUAUUUUAAAGCAUCCAAACAACAGAAGAAUAAGUGAUUAUUACAUUUUAACAGAAGUGUAGAUAGAACAUGUUAAAAGAGAAAGUAAGCAGAUAUCAACAGUAAAUGAACAAGUAGAUUAAUAAUUCAUUUUCUGCCACUUGUCCUUAAUAAUUUUGACAAAAUAAUGGAAUGAUAGAUGACACAAUAUGUUACUGCAUAUGUCAGCAGCUAAAUUAGGAGCCUUUGUUUGUUUACUUACUACUAAAAGACAAGUUGUCUUGUAUGUUCACUAUUUUAUUUAAGGACAAACUUGCAAUAAGAACAUAUAUUUAAUGUACCAUAAGAUUUUGUGUUCAAAUAAAGCCAAUAAUGAAAUUUUAUGUGGUCUCCUGUAUUUAGAAAAGUAUCGAAAUACAUUUUGGUACCGGUAACGGUACCAAAAUAUUGGUAGCGGGACAACACUAGUAUAAAAUAAAACCCACAUAUAAAAUGGAUUCAAAAGCAUUCCUAUUACAGUACAUGCUAUCCAACUACAGUAUACAAAACAAUGAUAAUGAUCAGUUUUGAUUGUCACUAUGAUAUUUACCAAAAUGUUUAGAGUUCUAGUUUGUAGUGGAUUAUUAGUAUUAAUAGCACAGUAUUGUUCUUAUUGUGUACAUGCACAGCAACAUUUGGGGGGGAUAAGGGUAGAGAAGUAAGACAAUGGAGAAUAUCAUUUAUUAACACACAGUAAAGAGUAGAAAGAAGAUCUUAAAAGGCAUAUAUGUACAGUACGAAUAGCAGCGCUAAACUUUCAAGAACUCCUGCUAAUGGGGAAAAACUACAAAUAUAGGAUGCCUCCCAAAAAAACAAAAACAAAAAAAAAAAACGUUUAUUUUUCUCAACCCUAUAAUAUGCCUCUCACAUUUCAAUCCAGUUUCACACAUUAGGAAACAAUUAGUACACACACAUUUCCUGCUGGAAAAUGUUGAGUGAAUUGACUCGUUCUACCCUGCAGAUAGGGCAGCACGGUGGUACAGGGGUUAGUGCGUCUGCCUCACAAUACGAAGGUCCUGGGUUCGAUCCUGCGCUCGGUAUCUUUCUGUGUGGAGUUUGCAUGUUCUCCCCGUGACUGCGUGGGUUCCCUCCGGGUACUCCGGCUUCCUCCCACCUCCAAAGACAUGCACCUGGGGAUAGGUUGAUUGGCAACACUAAAUUGGCCCUAGUGUGUGAAUGUGAGUGUGAAUGUUGUCUGUCUAUCUGUGUUGGCCCUGUGAUGAGGUGGCGACUUGUGCAGGGUGUACGCCGCCUUCCGCCCGAAUGCAGCUGAAAUAGGCUCCAGCACCCCAGUGACACCGAAAGGGACAAGCGGUAGAAAAUGGAUGGAUGGAUACCUUGCAGAUAGCACCAUCAAAGGUAGGCAGUAGAGAUGCGCGGAUAGGCAAUUAUUUCAUCCGCAACCGCAUCAGAAAGUCGUCAACCACCCGCCAUCCACCCGAUGUAACAUUUGAUCAGAACCGCAUCCGCCCGCCAUCCGCCCGCACCCGCCCGUUGUUAUAUAUCUAAUAUAGACGAUGCAAGGCAUUAGUGAGGUUAUAAAGCUUUUGCCUGUUAAAGAAAGGAGACUGAUCCAAUGCAGCACAGACAUUCGCGUGCCACGCUGUCACGACCCAGACGCACACCAGUGCGCAA